CUGUGUAGCCCUGUGAUUGGCUGGCGACCAAUCCAGGGUGAACCCUGUCUAUCGCCUGAAGUUGGCUGGGAUGGACUCCAGCCAGGAUAAGCUGUUUAACAAUGGAUGGAUAUAAAUGUAUAUGGAGAGUGAUAAAAAAGAAUUACCUUGAAAUUAUGGCUUUAAAGGCGACGCAAGGAAAAAUUUGGGUGCACCUAAAUUUUGUGCUGUUGCACCUAAAUAAAAAAGUAAGGCGCACCAGUGCAACCUGGCAAAAAGUUAGUCUGGAGCCCUAGUUAGGCUUUAGCGCUCUGUGAACAGGAAGUGACACGCUGUCUCCUCUCGUUUACUCAACAGAUAAAUAAGUGUUUGUAUAUUUAGCUCUAAGACGCGUUUGACUUGAUAUAUAAAAUAUAUUCGUGGAUUAUAAAACAAAAGCUUUUUCUGCUUCUGAGAUCGAACCCGCUUCAGGUUUUCAGAUGUUUAACUCGCAGUAUGGGAUCAUUUUUUUUGUGAUUAUUUGUUGUGUCUGUUACAUAACUUAAAAAAUAUGUUUAUGUGUUUUUGUUUUUGUGAUGAUCUACGUUGUUUAUGAUGUAAUAACUGUUUCUGCAAUAAAAAGCAAUGUCGGCAACUUUUUCUGAGCGGAAAAAAAAGUUAUUCCAUCGAGAGACAAAACACUCAGCCUCUAAUGCUUGAAUGGCUGGAUUUGUGCGUCUGUGUGUGUGUGUGUGUGUGUGUGUGUUUCAGUGUGUGCAGCAGCUCACUCCUCUUCGUCUCUUCUCUCUGACCGGCUGCUUCCUCUGAGCUCAGCAAAAUGAAGAGUUUGUUAGCGGUGCUGUUGCUUCUGGCGCUGACACUCCCCUCCGAGGCCAACCGCAGAGCCAAGAAUCACAAAGGUGGGAAGCAGGAGAAGUCCCGGCUGUCCUCCGAGUGCUCCACCACAGAGACACAGUUCGGUAAAUGUGUCCCCAAGGACAGAGGCUGUGGAGACGGACUGAGAGACGCCUCCUGCAGGGACGUCACCGAGAAGAUCUACUGCAAAGUGCCCUGCAACUGGAAGAAGGACAUCGGUGACUGUAAGUACAAGUUCGGCCCGUGGGGAUCCUGUGAGGCCGACACCGACACCAAGAGCCGGUCCGGGACCCUGAAGAGGGCGCUGUUCAACGCCGAGUGCCAGCCCACCGUGAGGGUGUCCAAACCCUGCUCCCCCAUACACAAAAAGUGAAGAAGACCAGAGGUGCGAUCACCCCGUCACCUGGCAACCUUAUCAUAUCUAGAGCUGCAUCUUCAGCACAAUCACAAUUUUAUCAUUAUUCUCCUCACUAAAUAAAGUCUUUACGUCUCUGGUAGAGACCUGUCAAUCAGCGUGUAGCCCUGCCCUCAAGCAUCCCCCACUCUAUAGUCUAUUAGAGACCUGUCAAUCAGCGUGUAGCCCUGCCCUCAAGCAUCCCCCGCUCUAUAGUCUAUUAGAGACCUGUCAAUCAGCGUGUAGCCCUGCCCUCAAGCAUCCCCCGCUCUAUAGUCUAUUAGAGAC